GACGACUUCGUGUUAUUCACCAUCUCAUCCUGGCCAUUUCGUCUUCUCUUCACCACCCUUUAUUUCCAAGAUGGCAACUCUUCAAGGAACAGUCAUCCCUAGGGUCAAGCUAGAACCCGCGCCGGACCAAAACAUUAAGAUGGAACCCACGGAGGACACGCCGUCACCUUUCGUAGACGAAGAUGAUGACAUGUAUGAGGAUGCGGGGGACCUCGAUUUUUCACAGGCGCAACAACAACUAUGGCUCAGCCAUAUUCCGCGAACCCUAUGGGAGACACUCUCAAAGCUUCAAGAUGACGACGAGAUCGAAAUUGGCAGACUAAGGGUAGAAGGCGCAGAGUCUAAUCCCUCGAGAGUCAGCUUACUGUUAUACCCACUGCCGGCAUUCGAGAACGAGCCCAAAGAGUACAACCUCUUCGCCCCGCCGCUCGAAAAACUGCGAUCACGAAGACCCGGGCAGGCAUUAGUCUUCUCGGAGAAAGACCUACCAGGAUACAAGGCGCGCACAUUUGCAUGGGACGACAUUGAUGAAGAAGGCAAUCCGGGACAAGGCCGCUCAUUCCUCUACGAGAGGCACAAGCGCGAACAAAAGAAGAAAGAAAACAAAGGCCGCUUCGUGCCCUACACCCGACGACCCAUACCAAAACAAACAGCCAUUACGGGCACGGUUGCCAGGGAGUUCGAAGCAGUACCGGUCAAGAACGAGGAAUACUUUAUGCUCGAGAACAAGCAGGCGGCGGAGCUCCUCAAGGUGCCUGAGCGAGAGCAAACCAUCUUUGCCACCGGCGACUACGAUCCGGAGAAGAACAGCAGGUCGUUCAUGACGAUGAGUGAAAGACAAGCUGUGCUGAAGAGCGCCCAGGCCCGGAAACACGCGCAAAAGGAAACUCGCGCGGCGCGCGUGGACAAGCACAUCCUCAUCGACAAGCUCUUGGACCUGUUCCGCCAACACCGCAUCUGGGGGCUUCGCGACCUCAAAGUCAGAGUCAACCAACCGGAAGCGUAUCUCCGCGAGACACUCUCCGAGAUCGCCUUCAUGUGGAAGUCGGGCGAUUUCAACGGCAAGUGGGAGUUGAAGCAGGAAUUCAAGCAGCAGGAUACCACCUUGCUGAACCCGACGGGUGUCGAGGUUGCGCCAAAAGUGGAGGAUUCGGACAUGGAUACCAAGUCCGGCGUGGACGACGACGACGACGACGACGACGAUGUCUUUGAGGACGUGGGGGUCGAUGUUUAGGAGCUUCUCUUCCGGAUGAAUUGGGAUCGACUGCAUAGCGACGGCGUUCUUUGAAAUGGGGGGAACUUCGACUAUCUACAAAAAGAUACCCCCAGACGGUUCACAUGUAACAAGCGGGCAAAGGUUGGGCAAUCAGGUAUACUACACCGGGUGUUUUUGGACCAAAGAGCAGAGGUCAGACCUGUGGGAGCAUUCUGCCUUAUCCGUUCUAUCAAGAGCAAAUAUUCAUUCAGCGCCAGACUCUGAGUCGCAUUGCAGACCUCUAUCAUCAAAAACCCUCUAUCUCUAUGUGCGCAUCCCAAUCCGAGAAGAAGAAAACAGAACGGCAACAUGUAAUGGCACCCGCAAUUAUCUGUGCAACUCCUUCUGCUCAAAGAUGGGGCUCAAUAGCUUGCCCUUUUCCAGCGCAAGUCUCACAUUGUCAAUCGCCCACUCCUCCAUCUUCUCCAGCGUCUCGCUCGUCCACGUACCCAUAUGCGGUAACAGGAUGACCUUUUCGUUUCCCACCAAACCCGGGUGAAUUCGGGGUUCUUCCUCGUACACGUCCAGGCCGGCGCCCGCGAUGAGGCCCUUAUCUAGGGCGUCCACUAGUGCCGCUUCAUCAAUCACCGC